UUGAGAGUAAAACAUCCGCUCCCAGUAUUCCAGAGCGUGAGCGGCAGAAAGAUGGCGGACCGGGGAUACAGCUUCUCUCUCACUACAUUCAGCCCUUCAGGCAAACUAGUCCAGAUUGAGUAUGCUUUGGCAGCUGUAGCUGCGGGAGCACCAGCAGUGGGAAUCAAAGCUUCCAAUGGCGUUGUUUUGGCAACAGAGAAGAAACAGAAAUCCAUUCUUUACGAUGAACAGAGUGUACACAAAGUGGAACCGAUCACAAAGCACAUAGGAAUGGUGUAUAGUGGAAUGGGCCCAGAUUACAGGGUGUUGAUUCGCCGAGCCCGUAAGUUGGCACAGCAGUACUACCUUGUGUAUCAAGAACCCAUCCCCACAGCCCAGCUCGUACAGAGAGUGGCCUCUGUCAUGCAGGAAUAUACACAGUCUGGUGGUGUUCGCCCAUUUGGAGUGUCACUGCUGAUUGCUGGCUGGGAUGAAGGACGACCAUAUUUGUUCCAAUCUGAUCCAUCUGGUGCUUAUUUCGCAUGGAAAGCAACAGCUAUGGGAAAGAAUUAUGUCAAUGGGAAAACCUUCCUUGAAAAGAGGUACAAUGAAGAUCUAGAACUUGAAGAUGCCAUUCAUACAGCAAUCUUAACACUAAAGGAAAGCUUUGAAGGCCAGAUGACAGAAGACAACAUAGAGGUUGGAAUUUGUGAUGAGGCAGGAUUUCGCAGACUCACUCCAGCAGAAGUCAAAGACUAUCUGGCUACCAUAGUCUAACAUUUAUUCAAAUGAAUUUUUUUUAAUUUGGAAGAAAUAUUGGUCAACUACUGAUUACAAUUUAAAAACCUUUUUAUUCUGCUUUUUUGUUUUGGCAAUGGUUAAAUGGUCAAUACAGUGUAAAACUAUGUUGCACAAGUAUAAGUAUCUGAUAAAUCUUGUCUUAGAAAUGAAAACAAAUUUGUGAAGCUCUGUCAUUUACUUUUUUUUACAUGAUGUCAAUGAAACGAUUUAUACAUUUUUUAAUUGUCUGUAUUUCCCACAAUUGCAUAAUUUUUCUGUCUUAAUGAGGCUGCUGUUUUUAAUUGCAUGCCUUCUGGCACAUGUUUUAUCUCAUGAUGAGAGAUAAAGUAUGUGAAAGGAGAGAGAAAAAUGCCACACAAUAUUUAUAAUCCCUGUGAAAGGGAUUGCUGAUCAGUUUCUAACUGGACUCUAAUUCUACACUGCCCUAUAGGGAGGGAGGGAGAAUUCCUAGAAGUCUUGUUUGAUGCUUGGAAAUCUUAUAUUGCUCCUCCAAUUCUGCAUACCUAGAAUUAGAUAGCAAAUACAACACAGAUUUGUGACAUUUGACCUAACUGGGUCAUGCUAGUGUUUAAACUCUACGGUUUAAGCAUAAAGUUUAAAGUCGUGUUUUUAUUUUAUAUCAUCUAAAUCCUUGGCUUUUUAAGAUCUGUUAUGUCCCCCCUCCAUAUUUUUUUCCUAGAAUGGAAGCAAGUUCAGUUUUGCAUGGCUUCCUUUUGAAAACAUUUCAAGUCUCCUUUUUGUUACUUUUUAAUUUGUCUCCAGUGUAUCAGUGUCAUUUUGAACUUGAGGUUCCCAAUAUAUUUACUAUGCUGUUAAAUAUAACCGUGCCCAAAUUGUGGUACAAGAUCAAAAUAAUCUGCAUUGAUUCAUCACCUGGCUUAAGUAUGCAUUCUUGUAGUGAAUAGAUUUGUUGUUAACUGUUCAAUCAAUGAGAGUUUGUGAAUGGUCAGUACUGUUAAUCACCCAAAUAACAUUUCAUGCAUACUAAACAAUGACCAUUCACUAUAUGCACAUUUCAUGCUAAAUAUAUAUUAUUUUAGUUAUCUAAAUUAAAUCCAGGCUCAUGCUUCAUUGUAAUACUGAGGAAAUCCUACAUCAUUGCCUGUGCCAACCUUUUGGUGAGACUUUACAGUGAGGCCUAAUCUUGCCUCUUGGGUGGAUGUAGGAGAUUCCACGGCACUUUUUGAAGAGUAGGGAGUUCUCUACAAUUUCCUGGUUAUUAUAUCCCUCAACCAACAUCACUUUUUUUUAAAAAAAACCUCACUGCUAUUUGUGGAACCAUGCUGUGCACAAAUUUGUGUUGUUUCCCGCAUUACAACAGGAACUACACUUCAAAAUUACCUUGUCAACUGUAAAGCCAAAUGGGAAGUCCUGAGAUAGUGAAUGACACUAUAUAAAUUCAGGUUCUUUAGUUAACACUGAUCAAGCAGAUUGCUUGUGGGACCUGAAAUGGAUAAGGGUACAUUUCAAUGAGUGUUAUUUUGUAAAGAUAAUCAAGUAAAAAAAAAAAAAUAAAACCACCUGAAUAUGUUCAUUUUUCUCAA